CCUGCUAAUAAAGUUGUUGAACACACAAUGGCACUUUGAAACUGUUUGAUCCACGCUCACAGGCUGAGGUGAUGACGUCUCUACCAAAGGGCACUGGUUGUUAAACUGGUUUCUGCCCGCUUCAUUUUCUGCGGCAUGCCAUUUCCCCUGAAAGUGGUCCACAACGCCUAAUCGUCCUCUGUGCCUCAUGGCUCACAGAGAGUGAAAAGUCGAGUUUUUGUCAAAGGUUAAGUAUGACCGCAGCUGCAGGUGUGCUAACAGGCUUGGCUAAGCUGAAACGCCAGGAUUCCGCUCGCUCUCAGCAGCACCAUCCCACAGCUGCCACUUCUGCAGGCUUGACCCAAGAGGCUGCCCACAGAAAGCGGAAGCGGCGUACUGAUGUGGUGGUGGUGCGUGGCAGGCUCCGCCUCUACUCUGCCUCUGGGUUUUUCCUACUCUUGGGAUUGGUCAUCUUGGCUGCGGGAAUUGGCAUGGCAACCCUCGGAUAUUGGCCACAUCGUGAGAUUAAGCAGUCGGCCAAAACACCAACUGCAGGAGGAUCCAGGGCAGGAACAGCUGGAGGGAUUAAAACAUCUGUCACAGAUGAAGUGAAUGGAGUCACGAUGGCGAACUCCAGCUCAGGCCGUGAUGUCCGCGGCGAGGCCUCCAAGCAGACUGGAGGCAUUCUGACUCGUUUUCUGGAACAGCAUCGUCACUCUGAAAGGAUGAAGAUGCUUGGACCCUUCACCAUGGGAAUUGGGAUUUUCAUCUUCAUCUGUGCUAAUGCCAUUCUUCAUGAAAACAGAGACAGAGAAACUAAGAUAAUCCAUAUGAGAGACAUGUACUCCACUGUUAUCGACAUCCAUUGCCUCAGGCAGCGAGAGCAGAAACAGCAGCACCAACGCAACGCCUCCUAUGCAAGAGACGUCGCGGACCUUCGAGUCCUUGGUGCCGAGAAUGCCAGCGCAGUGCAGCAGGCCAGCAGCUCCCUCCUCACCUUCUCCUCUUGCACCGGGAGAGGCGGGUCUACUGAAGAUGAGAAGGUGCUCUUGGGAGAAGGGGAAACCUACAGAUACAGGGAGCAGUCACGGUUGGACUGUGGUUUGGCUGGACGUCUGGUGCCACUCUAUAAGGAUCGUUCCUUCUGCGGCCCCGGAUUGGGGUUGGCGCACUCUGAUUCUGCACACCAGCAAUGGACUAUGACGGGAGAUGGGGAGCAAGGAGGACAUCACACACCUCCAUAGUCUCUCCUCCAUUUCGGCAUUUACUCUCCCGUUAUAAAACUCAACAACUGCGUUAUUGAUGAGCCAGAGAUGGAGGCAAUUACCGAAGAACAUCAAGGAGGACACAGAAGAGACCAAGGGAGUUCUCAACUCCUGAGCUCCAUGGAGUCAUUGGUCAUUCCUGUAGCAUCCGUUUCCAAGGCAUCCAAACCGCUGAGCUUGCACCGUAGUAACUCUGCUUUUUCGCCAUCCAACCCCACCUGUGUCUCCUCUUCCUCCCUCUUACCUGCUCCUUCCUCUACCUCAGGCUGCUGGCUUUUCCCCGGAACAGUCAGGAGCAUUGGUUCCAACUCCUCUCUGCACAUACUCAGCAGCCACUCGAAAUCUUUGGACCUGGAGCGCAGGCCGAGCAUGCUCAGCGUGCAUUCAGAGCAACGGAAACACCCCAGCUGGCCUCGCCUUGACCUCAGCAACAGUAGCCGUAGUAACAGUGGCAGUCAGGGUAGCAGUAAAGGCUACACGAGGCUGGAAGACAGGGAAGAGCAAGGGGAGCAUUUGAUGGAUGCGUCACCAUCUGUGCCAGCCAAGAGUGACUACAGUAAGCGAGAGAAGUUAUUAAUGAUAUCGAUGUCACACAACAACCUGAGGUGUGAGAAUGAGGAGUUUACCAGCAGCACGCUGAAGCGGGGAAGCUCCGAGACUCGAUUCUGAAGUCCUGUUUUGCAAAUUACAUUUCAGAAAGGAAGGAAACUCACUCACCUUGUAGUGUUUGUGGUUAAAUAUUCAGGGUCCAAUGGCGCUGGUCUGCAGGUAACCCUGGAUGCAAAUGGAAAGACUAUGUGCAUACAGGAAUCUGUAAUCAACAGAUCUACAGCACAGAGCAUAGCAAGGGGUGUCUACUUCAGAUGUAAACCCCUUUUGAAAUAUUACAGAGUACGGGCAGAAACCUUUUUUGGGGGGGUUCAUACUUCCAACAUAUGAACUAAUUGCUUCAUAAAAUGAUUAAAUGUUUUGAAACACUAACUAAAUUAAAUGAAACAAUUGUUUCUGAAAGCAAUUCACUUUUUCAAAAGUUUUGGAACAAUACAUUAAUCAAAGGACUAAAUGAAACAUUUGCAUUUGAAAACAUUUCAUUGUUUUCCAAUGAGCAGUUUACUGAAACACUGUGAAGGUAGAUGUGGAAA